CAUUAGGGUUCGUUGGAGCGCUUGCUGACAGACUGCUUACGUCUGCACAGAGCGAACGCGGACAAAAAUUGUAAAUACGUGCGUCGAAUCAGCUGUCAGAAAGGUGGAGGCAAGGGCAGGCAUAAAAAUGUAAACGUAACAGCAGCAUAACAACUGUCGGUGAAAUUUAUAUUUAGUAUGGCGAGGGAAGACAAUGUCUCCCUUCACAAAAACAGCAGCACGAUACAACGUCAUUUCAGGAGAGCGUGGCGCGCAUCAGAACGGAAUCAGUAGCUCGGCAUCUGCUUCUCCGGUGACCGACGAGCUCUAAAGCAAGAAUAUUAAUAUUAAUAUCAGCGCGAAGCAACGUGUCUGUUUAACUGCAGGCGCUGCAUUUAUUACCGUGAAGUCGUCUCCCGGUUAGCGUGCACUAACAGACUGUAUUUGUGAAUGGUAUGGGCCUGCUUUGAACGGAUAUUUUUUCCCCUUCCCUAACGUCGCAGUGAACUGCACCAUGGAUUGCAAAGCGCUUUCUCGUCGUGCUCCGCGCGGAGGGUGAAUGGGGAUGAGGAUGUUGUUUACAAAAAGCAGCCAGCCGUCAGCGAACUGAUGCUCGGUCUCCUCGCAUAGAAUUUUACAUCUAAUAUUUUAUGACACGGUUGGAAAUUACUGUCAACUCCGUCUUUCCUCUAUGAAGAGGGCAAUGUCAUCGUCAGCAGACCGGCGUGGAUUUGUUGUUGUCUGAUUUUACUACUUGUCCUCUGCAAUUCGACUUCACACCGUUUAUGUAACUGGGACGAGGGAAAGCUUUGAAAUCCCUCCCCCUGCUCCUAAUUGGUCUUCUAUACCAUGAGCUUUGGCUCCGCCCAGGAUGUGGCGGUGGAGAAUUUCCUGCGUGACAUAGAGAGGCGGGGCCAGUGGCUGCACUGUGCUGUUAUUGGCUGUAAGGAGGAGCAUCCCCGUGGCGACAUGAACCUUUUGUACCGCAAAAGUCGACUGGACUGGAGGCACAGAGAUCAGGAGGGCAAGAAAAGCUCGAAUUAUAAAGAUGCCUCUUCCGCGACCGUUGGGAAGGUUCGGGAUCUGGCAUCAUUUCGGCGCCAUUUCCGAAUGGGAUUCAUGACGAUGCCAGCAUCCCAGGACCUUUCGCCUCACUCUUGUGCGGCUGCCAUGGCCCCGCGCUCUCAAUCCUGCCAUGCUGUGGGCACCGGUGAAGGAGAGGAGAUGGAGAAUGGAUAUUAUCCAGACUCAGACCCCCAAAACCAGUCAAAUCCCUCCCGUUGUCCUCCAACCAAGCCUAAACGCAAUCCCAAUACUCGUCUCAGCACCACACCCCAGGAGCAUCUUUCCCGGGGGGUUCACGCACCACCUGACACUCCGCCACCUCCGCCUCCCAAUCACCCAUCUAAACACUCAGAGAAGCGGAAUGCAAUGAAGAAGUCUGAUUCAGGUGAAAUGGCAGGACGGAAGGUACCUCCCUUGAAGCCCAAACGGAGUCCAAGCACACAGCUCUCCUUUGACCCCCCACCACCUCGAGUCCCACCACCGACCACACCUCUUCCCUUCCAGAGCUCUGAACCCUCUCCACGGGGUGAAGGGGGAGAUGAUGAGCCAGUUUACAUUGAAAUGGUUGGCCAGGUCUUUACCCGAGAGACUCACAGUGCCCCUACUCCUCACCCGCUAACGCCCUCCGCCACCACGCCUGAUUCUGACUCAGACCAAGGAGAGGCCAUAUACGAAGAGAUGAAGUACCCCUUACCGGACGAUGCAGCUCGAGAAGCCCAUCGCCGCUUUCCACUCAAACAUGAGCGUAUCAAGUCCUCUAAAGCGUACCACUCCUCCAUCAUCUCAUCCUCCUCAUCCCCUGCCUCUUCUUCACUCCCACGCCCCUCGUCCUCCUCUCCAGCCUGUACCUCAUCCAAGCCUAAAGCAGCUGUCUCCAUCUCUCACUCCUCUCCUCUGCCUUCAUCCUGCUCUUCUGCAUCCUCCACUCCCGUACCCCAAGUCCUCUCCUCCUCACCACACCCUCCCCGUGCUCCUACACCCUUCCUGCUGCCAGGGUCCAAGUCUGAACAUGAGCCUAGCUCCAGUAAGAUCCCAGCACCUUUCCCCAACUUGCUCCAGCACAAACCUCCGCUCCUGGCAUUUCCCCAGCCGGCUGCUGCCUCCAGUGGGGUGGGGGCUCAACACAAGAGCAGCUCGGCCAAAAUCAGUGUGCAGUCAGCUUCCAGUCUGCCAACAUCUACUAGCACCUCCUCCAGCAUGAGCUCCACCAGCACUUCCAAAGAGUCCUCUGGCAUUGAGAAGGAACGAGAGAAGGAGAGGAGGGAAGGACAGCUGGGGCCGGCGCCAGGACUCAGAGCCCGCAGUCAUUCCACUCCUCUUCCUCCAUCUUCAAAGUCCUCCUCUCCAUAUUCCCACCACCAUCAUCACCAUCACCCUCACCACAGGCCUUCCCACUAUCACCAUUACCGCAAGCCUGAGAAAGAGAUGUCGUCAUCAAGCAAGGGCUCCGGACAGUCCUCUACCCAGAUGCAAACACAGCCCAAAGAGGGAAAGUCUGUCAGCUUCAUGCUCAAGUCUGAGAAAUCUGAGAGAGAAAGGGACAGAGAGAGGGACCGUGACCGUGACCGUGACCGUGACCGUGACCGUGAGCGAGAGAGAGACCUGAGCACACCAUCUUCCAAUCAUUCUGAUACCCCUUCUUCAAGCACAUACACACACACUUCUCAAACUGGCACGAGCACCACUCCUACCCCAAGUCAACCAUCAUCGUCCAAAGCAGCUACGCCACCUUCCACCUCUUCUUCAUCCGCUCAGCGCCCUCCAUCUCGCUCUCACAUGCAUCGGUCGCACACCCCGCACUUUUCUCAUGGCCUUCCUGCUUACAAACCUCCCCCCUCCGACAGCCCCCUGCUCUGGACCUAUCCCUCGGUUGGCUUCCGCCGCCCACCCGCCUACGAUAGCCUACGCGGGGGCUCACAGUUGCCAUCCUUGCACACGGACCCCAUUAAAACUGGAUCUGCAGCCCAUGUGUUGCAGGCCAAGGCCGGGUUCAUUCCCUGGGAGAGCGCAGCUGCCUUAGGGCUCACCGAAGAACAGGCUUACUGGCCCAUGCACCGAAAAUUAUCAUUCAGUCAUGGGAGCCGAGACACUGAGAAGGAGGAUGGAGGUGCAUGGAAUGGCAGUGCAGAUGCUCUACUGAGGAGAGAGAGGGAUGACCUAGGAGCCAUGUGGAGUAGUGGACACUCUGGAAUACCUGUGCGGUCAACAGGGAGACACAGCGAGAGCUUGGCUGGGGCAGAUGGACCACCAGGGUUGAGAGGACUGAUACGAGCGGGACUACCCUUACCCUGCCAAACCUUCCCAGCAUGCCGCAAUGGAGAGUUGGGUCGCCUUGGCAGGUCUUCCUCCACAUCAGGAGUGAGACAAGUGGGUGGAGACGUUCAAAGGCAGAGCAGCCUGCCGGCCAGAGAAGCACUCCACCAGUUUCAUGCUCUCUCGCAGAUUCAGGCACAGACUCAGGCUCCCUGCAGUCCGUCUCUGAGCCGGCAGCAGCAGUACCAGCACCAGCAGCAGGUCCAGCUCCAGUUCCAGCAGCUGGCUCAGCUCGCCGCACAGGCCCAGGCUACCCUCAGCACGGGCACAGCCGGCACCUCCACAGCCCAGGCGCAGCGGGACGGCAAGCUCCUGGAGGUGAUUGAGAGAAAGCGCUGCCUGUGUAAGGAGAUUAAAGCUCAUCGCCGGCCAGAUAAGAGCUUAUGUAAGCAGGACAGUAUGCCUAUUUUACCCAGCUGGAGGAAAACGCCAGAGCCCCGCAAGACUGGAACGCCACCCUGCCAGAGGCCACAGGCUGUGGUGUGGGACUCGGCCAUCUGACCCAGGCAGAGAGAGCAAACAGAGGGUGGGGAGUAAGAAAGACAUGACUGAGAGAGACAUACAGAGUACAGAUCUUUUCUUCUUUUUUUUCUCUUUUGCGUGUGAAAAGACAAAAUAGGAAAUUUUGGGGGUAAUGGAGAAGUGGCCUUUGAGUGAAGAGAUUCAAAUAAGACUGAAAAGACAAAGCGGGAGCAUUUUUUUUGCAAAGAGAAUAGCAUGAUUUAGAAUAAAUCUCUCUAUAGAAGCAGGAGAAAUGUGUUCCACAUGGUGUUUAUGUGCCAAUAUAGUUGCAGCAGAUAAAACACAUACGUACACACACACAAACUGGAGAGACACCUGUGUCUGAACUCUGUCUGACCUGCUGCAAAUACAACCUGUGCUGCUGAGUUUACAACCUUUUUGAAACACACUGGAAACUUUUGGAGCACUGUAACUUUUGUACUCUGAAUAUAAACCAUUAGUAAGGAGAAUAGACGUGCUUUUUCCUCCAAGGAAUGAAGAAAUUAUCAAAGCUUGAUAUGUAAAGAAUGAAGAGGGGCUGAAAGAUCACAGCGGAGCUUUUCUUCAUAUCAUAAACUGUCUGUGACUUUGGGCUUUUGUGUUUUUACUGACCAGAUUUACACAGUUAUGCUGCUGUUUCCUGGGCACCCACUAGACUGAUGUUUUUUUUACAUUCCAGAAGAGUGUCAAAAUGUGUGUGUGAGUGUGUGUGUGUGUGUGUGUGUGGUGUUAUGGUGAACACUGUCAGAUGUAUCUUUACAUUGGAGAUGUGCGAUGUUAGAAGCUGAACAGUCAUGAGAGGAAAUCCAGACAAAUAGACAACAAAAUGGUUAGGAUACAGGGAAACAAGUCAAUAAAACAAAAUUUGAUAUGUAUACACAAAAAAGUCUUACACAUUCAAACACAGGAAACGGUGAUGAAGGGCUGUGUGGUACUGUCGUAGUUUGUAGAGGAAAUUCAUCUGAAGUCUAAUUACUGCCUAUUGAUUGAGUGCCAAUCUGGUGAGUGUGGGGACACGUGUGUCUGCGUAUUUGGGGAGUAGAAGAAAAGCUGUUAAGCAGAAGUUACGUGACUUUCGUAGCAAUAUUUGUUAAAAGAGGAGACUGACCAUUAGCCCAGUCCAAUACAAAAUCAUGAUGGUGAAAAAAGACAGAUCCGCACUUCAUUAUUUCAUAACUCUGUAACAUUAACUUGAUGAAAAUAUUACAAUCACAGAAUGAGCUUCAUUACAAAAUAUGACAUAGACCGAGGACCGAUGCACGGGCUGCGUCAACAUGAGGUGCCAUUGUGUUCAUCUAAAAACUGUCGGACCACUAUAUUUACUCAUCUGUUUACAUUUAAUCUGUAUCUGAGCAUAUCCGAAGCUAACGUCUAACUGUAUUUUUGGCAGCAUAGUCUCAUGUGUCAAUCAAUUUGGGUUGCAGUGUCGUUUAAUAAGAUAAUAACAUAUAUAAAAGCUCUAAUCAUUCUACAGUCAGAUUGAGCAGUCCAGUUACCCUGUCCCUUAAAGAAAACUUCACCUCUUCACACUGUCCAAUUCUCAUGCACACAUGCAUAUACAGAAACGCACACACUCACAGCUCCCUGCUGGGAAAAAUGAACAUGCAGCGGUCAGACCGAUGCUGGAACUUUUUUCCGCAAAAAAGAAAACGAACCACAUGACAUUGAGAUUAAACGAGAAGAAAAAACACUUGUUAAAAACUGUAAAAUAAACAUGUACAACUGUAUUGAUUAUGUAGCAAUUAUUUCCACUUUCAUACUUGUAAUCAAUAAAUAUAUUGUAGCAUAUAAUGUACAAAAGUACAAGGUGUUUAAUUGUUUUAUAAAGAAAUUUAGUAGUGUUAUCUGUGGCUACCUGUCUACACUGUACUGAAUGGACCGCUGAUAGGCGAGCCCUCUCUACUAAAGGCACAGUCUUAGACACACACACACACACACACACACCAACCAACCAAUGUUUUUUUCUAGCUAGUGUCACGCAAGUCCCUUUAAGCAACUUAAGUCUGAUCACAUUCAUAUCUUCACCAACACACUCCACCCGGCUCGCUGGAAUAUCAGUUGGAUAUUUUUUGAACUACUUCUGCUGCUAUAUUGAAUUUUUACUAUUGCUUACAUAUCCCUCACUGCUGUUGUUUUAUUUCUCUUCUACAUUUUUUAUAGUUUCUUUUUUGUUUUGUUUUUGAGAUCAUGCGAUGGAGUUUUAAGGAGUGGAAUCUUUUUCUAACUUGGCAAAUGAAUGUUUUUCAGUUGUUGUUGUGGUUGUAUUUAAAAGUUGUUGUUGUUUUUCCGAACAGUUAGCACCACCAACCUGUACAGUUCUCACCCAGGCAACACUGCUGUAAAUGUGAUGGCAACAUUGCAGUGAUGUUGCCAAGGGUUUGACAUGUUGUCACCAUGACACCAGGGUUUCACUGCACCACUCGGGUGGCCAUUUGAAAUACAGUCUUUAUCAAACAGUACGGAGGACCACAGAAGAGGAGGGCUGGUGCAAUGCAUGCUGGGAUUUCUUGAUGAAUUCCCUUAAUCAUUCAGUUUAAGGUUGGACUGUGUCCCAGUCUAUAUAAAUUGUGCCCAGUUUGUACUUCAGAUAUACUAAAUAAUCAUCUAGUGGAAAUUUAUUAAGAUGAAAAGGGUAACUUACUGUAAGUAUUAUUGGGUAAACUAGUUUACAGAAACUGUCGGCUUUGCGUGUCUACAUAAAUGGUGGCCAUAUUAUGAGUGCCAUAAUAUAUUGGUAUGGUAAGAUACGGUGUACCUUGGAAAUCACUGUAGUGCUAUAUUUGCAUUGAUAUCGUCAUGAAAUAAAUUUUAUAUGAUGAACCUAAAA